CUUCUUGGUUUCUCGUCUGAAAACCCCUUAGCGAUAUAUGACACGCAAUGAACGGCCUUAUUCUAGCUUCCGGUUCAGCCUCUGGCAUUGCCGACAAACACCCAGGCAUCAUGAUCGUGCGCCCCAGUCUACAUCAUGAGACGGACGAGAACGCAGCGACAUUCAAGCGCUGGACCGUCAUGCACUUCAAUGACCUGCUUCAUUGCACUCCUCCCACAUCCAGUACCAGAGGUGUUACUCACGCUCUCCGCUACAUCAAUACAGACGGCCAGAUGUUGUACACUAUUCUUGCGGAUGACAUCUCAGUCUGGCAAACGCCGCCGUAUUACGCGACUAGUCGACGUCUGGACCUUGAGAAUACCAGGGAAGUGGUGGACGGUGAGAAUAAUGUCUUGUUGGGCGAGCAUGGCUUUGGGAAUGAGCCGAUGGUGUGGCAGCUUGUUGAUGCUGCGUUUGGUAUUUUCAAAAGACAUGCGGAAACUUCUUUGAAUAAGGGAGACAAAACUGAGUACCAAGCUCUGCCUCAUUCUCAGGUGUCAAGUACGAGGGAGAAUUUCGGUGCGCCGGAGUCUACGCUCGUCACGCUCACAUACACCUCUUCCUGUGCCAGCAAAGAGGGAGAUGAUGCUGUACCACCGGAACCACUCGCCCACGUCAAGAAUCAAGUGCUGCAUUCCUUGUCUGCAAAGAAGACGGAUGAUCGAAAAUACUAUCACAGCAUGUACCGUCAUGAUCCGGGCGCGCAACCAGAUAUGCAUCCGACAAUUGCAGAAGGUGCGGAUGGAAAUGGGUCGUGGGUGGCCUUGACGCGUUGGUUGCUAGAUGUAGGACUAAAACAAGAGUGGGACUAUUUCGACUUGCAGGGACAUCCGUCUUUCUGUUGUUGCGAGGCAAUUUGGCCUUUGGCAGGAACCUAGCAAAUGAUCGGUAGGUUUCGCUCGUCAUCAGGCACCGCCUCCACAGACAAAGAAGAUACAGGUACCUCAGUCAAAUCUCUACCAGGAAAUCAUCUGAGAAUGCAUGCGAGAGCUGUUAUGAAGUACUGGCGAAUGCAGACACGUUGGCAGAUUCAUGUUUAUGUAAUCAUACGCUAAGUGGGUGAGGGCUGCACCUGACAGGGAC